AGUGGUUUGUGCAGAGACUUUUGCUUGUCUUUAAAUAAUACUUAAAAAGACAAUGAUAAUUUGCAGUUGCACUAACCAGACCAGACAGCGAUUCUUUUCUUUGUUCUUUCCCAUCAUUCCACGCACCCUUUCAGAUUGUCUCAAUAACCCUAAAAAUUUGCAAUUGCCCAUCUGCAUCCCCCUCUUCUCCAGUCUUAUCUCUCUCUUUAUUACAGUUAGGAUUUCUUGUCUAAUUUCUCCCAAACUCAAUCACAUGCCCCUUGAUCUUUGAUCGCAUACAGUAAUCGAUUUCAUUUCUCUCAAGUUAGAAUUCAUCUCGCCGGGGAUUUUCAAGAUUUCCGGCCACUAACGCGAGCAAUAUGGCGACCGCCUUGCAGAUGAGCCCCCAGUUGGAGCAGAUCCAUGGUGAACUUAAGGACAAUUUUCGAGCUCUCUCAAAUGGGUUCCAGAGGCUGGAUAAAAUAAAAGAUUCCAACAGACAAAGUAAACAGCUGGAGGAACUUACUGGGAAGAUGAGGGAGUGUAAAAGAUUGAUUAAAGAAUUUGAUCGUGAAACUAAAGAUGAGGAGAGCAAAAAUCCUCCCGAAGUAAAUAAGCAACUCAAUGACGAGAAGCAAUCCAUGAUAAAAGAGCUGAAUUCCUAUGUGGCACUGAGGAAAACUUUUAUGAAUAGCCUUGGUAACAAGAGAGUUGAACUUUUUGAUAUGGGAGCAGGGGGCAGUGAACCUAUAGCUGAAGAAAAUGUUCAAAUGGCAUCAGCAAUGUCAAAUCAAGAACUUAUUGAUGCUGGUAUGAAGACAAUGGAUGAAACUGAUCAAGUCAUUGAACGCUCUAAAAAGGUUGUUGAACAAACAAUUGAAGUGGGAACUCAAACUGCUGUUCCCUUAAAAGGCCAAACUGAACAAAUGGGUCGAAUUGUUAAUGAACUGGAUACAAUUCAGUUCUCAAUUAAGAAGGCCUCGCAGCUGGUGAAGGAGAUUGGGAGACAGGUGGCAACAGAUAAAUGCAUAAUGCUAUUUCUUUUUCUCAUUGUCUGUGGUGUGAUAGCUAUCAUUGUUGUGAAGAUUGUCAACCCCAACAACAAAGAUAUCAGGGACAUUCCUGGAUUGGCACCUCCAGCCCCCUCAAGGAGGCUGUUGUAUCUAAGGAAUACAGAACAUUUUGCAUAGAUUCGUCAUCUUAGACAAAUAGCUUUUCCCGCUCAGUUUUUGUGAUUUAUGUUGGAAAAGCGGGAAGAACGCUAUUUGUGGGCACCUACCAUUUUUUUUUAACUUCUCCCCAUUUUAUUUCUCAUUUGAGUUGUGCAUAUCCCAUUUGUGAUUAUAUGCGUAAAUCAUAUUUGAGGGCUUUUUGCAUUGUUUUGAAUGUAUGCCAUUGUUCUUUUUUAACUUUUUGAGAAUCUUGCUAAAUUGCUGAGCUAGGAAGAAAUGUGUAACCAUGUACAUGAACUGUAAUAUAUAUAUUUUUUUCUAAAUAUAUCAUGUAUGCGCAUGCUUUUUUACGCUA